CGAUAUCAUUAUAGCUUUUUAGCCUUAGACACGUCAUGGUCUCCAAAAUUAACUAAAAUAAUAAAUAAACACAAUAUUUUUUUAUGUUGAGACGAUAGCAACAUGGUUUACAUAGACCGGAAUGGUCGUGUGUGGGAGAAGCGUCCUUGGAAUUUGGAACGUAUUAUCGAGAUAUUUGUAGGACUUUGGUAUAUUUUAGUGCAAUUUGUUCAGACCCUACUCGCACCUUUCAGCGGGGGCAAUGGCAAUAACCGCAACACUGGACGCCGUAAUGGUGGCUGGGGCGGUGGAGGAGGAGGUGGUGGCGGAGGUGGAGGCGGAGGUGGCGGAGGUGGUCUAAGGCCCAAUAGACGCAUUGGACGGAUACAGCAGACCAUGGACUGCUCAACCUGUUCAAUGGGAGGUGGAUGAGGAUAAAAGCGGCGACUUAGAGCCAGUCUCAGUCGCCGCUGACCUCAACGUAGUCUUAAAGCAAAUAGUGAAUGGUCCAUAUCUGUGUUAGAUCUCGCAAUUUUUUUGCGCUUAUGACGCAAUAUUCAUAAACUCAUCAUUUGAGAGGAAUAUUGCUGAUACGUCUAUGCGGAUAAGACUUAUUUGUUCUUUAUUUCUGCGCCUUAAACAAUCAACGCUCUCGAUAUUAGGCUAACCAUAUUUUUUUCAACUUCAAGUUUUAGUUUUUAGUGCUGAUAAUUUUAGAAAUUCAUCUCCUAUUAUGGAAUCUAUCCGGUUAUAUGUAUGUUAUCCUGUUUAUAACGUAAAUCGAAUUGUAAGAAUACUAAUGAAAUUUUAAGUUAAUGUAAAAUUGUUUC